AUGGAGAGUACGGUAUCGGUCACUUUCCUUGUAUCGUUUUCCGUACUCCUGUGUGAAAGUUACCAUGGAGCGGAGAUGGCUACUGUUGUGCAUACAUCGGAGAGAACUCUUCCAGAAAAGGCAGCUGGCGUUAAUGUUGACUUAGCAGGAUUAAUACAGAAGUUUCACCUUCAAGAACUUUUUCACCGUUAUGGAGAAAACAACUCUCUGUCAAUCGAUGGCUUUAGGAAACUGCUCCAGAACAUAGGUAUAGACAAAAUGAAAAGGAUUAAAAUAGACCACGAUCAUGACCACGGCCAUCACCUUCAUCAUAAUCACGUUGCGUUGAGUAGAAACUCGGAGAAGACCGUUUGUCCAAACCGCGAGCCUGACGCUAACAAAGACCACAGGAACAGCCACUCCAAGGAGCGCCACAAAGCGGAGCACGCGGAGCACCAGCAGAACUUCGUCCGCAGCAAAAGCACCGCGAACGAAAUAACGGCCUCUGUCCUGGCUGCGCCCACAGCCGGCCGCUCCGCCCCGCAGGACGGGCAGCCUGGAGAAGGCAGGGCCGCCGCUCGGGGGGGUCUGACCAGUUCCAGCACUGGGAAUGUCACGGGGGGCAGCGACGCGAGCUGGCUGGCGAGCAGCAGAGCCAACGAGUCUCACGCUUCUCCGAAGGAAUUGGGAAGAGGCAGUUACCUGUAUUCUAAACUGAAAAACCAAAAUGCCCAAGAGUGCUCCAGUGCAUCAAAACUGAUGCAGUCCCAUGGAAUAGGCACUCAAGUGCUGUUGACUGCAACAGAGUUCAGUUACCUCUGUCCAGCCCUUAUUAAUCAGAUCGAUGGCAAAUACUGCAUAGUCCAUGCAAGUAGUGAAAAAGCUGAAACCCCUCCAAAAAGUUAUUCUCUGCAAAUAGCUUGGAUUGGUGGCUUUAUAUCCAUCUCCGUCAUCAGUUUUCUUUCCUUACUGGGUGUUAUCUUGGUACCGCUGAUGAAUCGCGUGUUUUUCAAAUUUCUUCUAAGUUUUCUCGUGGCGUUGGCUGUGGGGACUUUGAGUGGAGAUGCGUUCUUACAUCUCCUUCCGCAU